AUGUAUGGGAAGUCUAAAUGUUUUGGAUUUGUGAACUUUCAAGAUCCAAACGUUGCAACUGAUGCUAUUGAGGGGUUGAAUAACGCUGGAAUCGGUUGGUAUGUUAGGAGGGCUCAAAAGAAAAAUGAACGAGAAAUAUUGGAAUUAAAAGAGAAUUCUGAUCAGGAUCGAAAAAUACAACCUGAACAAAUGAAAGAGGCUAAUUUGUAUAUAAAAAAUCUUGAUGAAACCAUUACAGAUGAUGAAAAGUUAAAGGCUUUAUUCUCGCCCUUUGGAACUAUAACAUCUUGCAAGAUCAUGUUUGAUUCGCAAGGAGUGAGCAAGGGUUUUGGAUUUGUCGCUUUUUCUACCCGAGAGGAAGCUAAGAAGGCUAUGGUUGAGAUGAACAGGAAGAUGGUAGGAAGAAAACCACUAUAUGUUUCGGUAGCGGAACGCAAAGAAGAAAGAAUGACUCGAUUACAGGCGCAAUUUGCUCAACCCCGAGCAUCUGGUUCAGUGACUCAUUUGACUACAGAUAAAACUGGGGUCCACUGGGGUGCACCAGAAUUGCAAAGUCGUGGUUAUGGCUUGACACAUGAACCAAUAAUGGUUGGAUAUGGCCCGGUAAGAACCGGAAACCCUCAUGCUAUGCUUGGGCAGGUGAUGUCUGAUGGUACUCCUAACCAAGACUUGGUAAAUGUGUUCAGUGGGAGAAAUCUCAUGGACAAUCAAAUGGAUCAAGUUCUCAUGGGCAAUAACAUGGUUCAGUUGCCUUUCAAUGUCUCAACAGAAGUAACAUCGUCCUCUGAUGUUCAUCUUUCUGGACCAAUUGAUACUAGAAAACUUGCUUCUGUUUUGGCUUCUGCUAGUCCAGAAAACCAACAUCGGAUCCUUAGGACAUACUUGUACCCUUUGGUGGAGCAAAUUGAGCACAAGAAUGCUACAAGUGUAACGGAUAUGUUGCUUGAGAUGGACAAUUCUGAAGUGCUUCAUUUGAUCGAAUCUCCAAAUGAGUUAAAGAAGAAUGUUGGUGAGGCCAUGAGUCUGCUCAUUUCUGCACUUUCAUGUGUUGCAAACGACGAUGAUCACUUUGGCUCGUUAUACUUGAAUUGA